CUAAAGUCGACCGUUGGGGUACAAAAACCGCUCCUCUUCACAGUUUUCCUUAAUCUCUUCCCCCCCUCGCUAAUAUCACUACUUUCUCCACCUUCAUCUCAAAAUAUAUGGCCGAUCCAGCCGAUAACAAAUCAUCAUCAUCAAUAAUGGAGUCGAAGCCUCUGCACCCGCUCCACCAGAUCGCCGGAACCCCAACCCACAAGCUCCUCCUCAAGCAAUGGCUGAAGGAGGAAGAGCUCAUCCUCAACCGGAUCUCCCUCAAAGAAACCCAAUUGGAUUCGACCCGGAAAGAAAUCACUCAGCUCUACUCCCUUUUCUUCGUCUUUCACUCCACCGCCCUCCUCCUCCUCUUCAGCGCCGCCUCAUAUGGAAACGGGCCCCAUUUCUGCAGGAAAUCAUGGAUCCCGUCUCUCUGCUCUCUCUUCUGCUCGCUUGGUUUCAUAUGGGCGAUCAGGUACAAGACCGAUGUGGAAUUUCAUCUGGAAAAGAUGUUAGAGAGGGAGAAAGAGGACUCCUCGCUGCUGUCUAAGUGCGUGGAGGAGUUGAAGAGGAAGGGAGUGGAGUUUGAUUUGCUGAAGGAGGUUGACGCCCUCCGGAGGGCCAAAAGUUUGCGGGUCGAAUCCAAGCCUGUCCGGAAAUGGUCAGCCCGGGAUUUCGUGACCCUGUUUUUCUUUACUGUGUCUUGCUUGGUGUUGGGUCUCACCAGAGUUAUAUUGUGCAGUUAACGUGUGCUUUGUUUUGGCCAUCGUGGAGUCGUCGUCAGAGUUUAUUUAUUCCUAUUGUUUCUUGGACUAUGAUAUCCGGCAGAACAUACUGCGAUCUGCUAUUAGGGUGGUAGCUAGGUCGGAGAAGUUGCAGAACUCUCUGUUCUGCUUUUGCUGAAGAAAUCAUGGAAAUUGUGUUGAAUAAACGUUUGUGUAGUAAAUUUUAAUACUAUGGGAAUUCGUUUGUUUUUUUC